CUCUCAAAACCAUGGCAUCAUUGUUUUUCUGAUGACAUUGAAUAUGAAAAGCUGAACUACAGUUUCUCUCAAAACCAUGUCAUCCUAUCACCAGUGAGACAGUGUUCUAUGUGGGGAACAUCCUAUUUUGCUGCGCCCGGUAGUGACGUCACGACUUGUAGAAUUAGCGGGAAAACUUGUCUCUGCGUUCCGGCGGAGGGUUUGAGCGCGCGCGGAACUUUCAAGCGUCUGGCCCCGGCAACUUGAGCUGUCAUGAGUCUCUGGGUGGACAAAUACCGGCCCUGCUCCUUAGGACGACUGGACUAUCACAAGGAGCAGGCAGCGCAGCUCCGCAACCUGGUUCAGUGUGGUGACUUUCCUCACCUGUUAGUAUAUGGACCAUCAGGUGCUGGGAAAAAAACAAGGAUUAUGUGUAUUCUACGUGAACUUUAUGGUAUUGGAGUUGAAAAAUUGAGAAUUGAACAUCAAACCAUCACAACACCAUCUAAAAAAAAAAUUGAAAUCAGCACUAUUGCAAGCAAUUACCACCUUGAAGUUAAUCCCAGUGAUGCUGGAAAUAGUGACCGAGUAGUAAUUCAGGAGAUGCUGAAAACAGUGGCACAGUCACAGCAACUUGAAACAAACUCUCAAAGAGAUUUUAAAGUGGUAUUAUUGACAGAAGUUGACAAACUCACUAAAGAUGCUCAACAUGCCUUGCGCAGAACCAUGGAAAAGUAUAUGUCCACCUGCAGAUUGAUCUUGUGCUGCAAUUCUACAUCUAAAGUGAUAUCCCCUAUUCGCAGUAGGUGCCUGGCAGUUCGUGUGCCUGCUCCUAGCAUUGAAGAUAUUUGCCAUGUGUUAUCUACUGUGUGCAAAAAGGAAGGUCUGAAUCUUCCUUCUCAGCUGGCUCAGAGAAUUGCAGAAAAUUCCUGCAGAAAUCUCAGAAAAGCUCUACUUAUGUGUGAAGCCUGCAGAGUACAACAGUAUCCUUUUACUGCAGAUCAAGAAAUCCCUGAGACAGAUUGGGAGGUUUACCUGAGGGAGACAGCAAAUGCUAUUGUCAGUCAGCAGACGCCACAGAGACUUCUUGAAGUUCGUGGAAGGCUGUAUGAACUUCUAACUCACUGUAUUCCUCCUGAGAUAAUAAUGAAGGGCCUGCUCUCAGAACUUUUACAUAAUUGUGAUGGACAACUGAAAGGGGAAGUAGCCCAGAUGGCAGCUUUUUAUGAACAUCGUCUACAACUGGGUAGCAAAGCUAUUUAUCACUUGGAAGCAUUUGUGGCCAAAUUUAUGGCACUUUACAAGAAGUUCAUGGAGGAUGGAUUGGAAAGCAUGAUGUUCUGAUAUCAAUCAGUGAUUCUUCCAAAUUUUUUGCAGAAUCAGCAUCUACAUACAAUUUCUGUUGGGAGAGAUGGGUAAAAUAAAAUACUUAGUUAUAUCUUAUUUGUAUUUUUUAAAAUAUUUCUUUGGUGAAUUACUAAUCAUUAUUUUCUGUGUUAAAUAAUCGCUCCUAUACUGUUUAAAUAUGUUGACGCAACUAGAAAUUCUGUAGAGUCCAGGAAAAUGACUUUUAUUUAUUUUAAACAUUUGUUUAUCAAAUAUGCAUUGUUUGAUCCUCCCAUUCUCUUCUGUCCAAUCUGUCACCUGUUGAGGGAGCUUUGCAGUUGAAGAUUAUUUUUCUAUCCCUCUAGAAUUACAUUUUUUUCAGAGAAUUUAAGAAUUCUAAAAUGUCCUAGCAUGAGUAUAUUUCAGUGAUUUGCACAAGUGUUAGUUACUAAGAAAUAAGCAUUAUUUUAAAUGCUUGGACUCCUGAAGAAUAUUCAUGUAAUUUGACCACUUCUCAGUGUCCAGUGUCCCUUUAAUUUUAUAGUUUAGAAAUUGAUUAGGUAGGUAAAUGUGUGAACUUAGUUUAGAUCUCAUAUUCUUAACUAUCCAGAAUUUCUUACUUUAAUUUCUGAUACCUUGGACCAGACCUGUAACUUUAGGCUAGGAGAGUUCUAUACAGGUUUUCUUUUUUGAACCAGGUCUAUAGAUUUCAUCCAGUAAAGUUACAGAUUUUCCUUAUUCCUUAUACUUUGUCACAUCUAUGACUGUUACCACAAGCAGCUCUGCAUGUAUAAAGGUGCAAUUUUUGCUGACCAAAGGCUGUGGUUUAGAUUUGGUUUUAGUGUGUACCCCAAGGGUUCCUAUAUUGAAAUUUAAUCCCCACUGUGAAAUAUUAAGAGGAGAGAAACAAUCCACAGUGAUAUUUAGAGGUGGAGCUUUAGGGAGGCAAUUAGGAUUAGAUAAGAUCAUCAAGAGUGCAGCCCCAUAUGUGAGUUCCUGGUGACCAUAAGGAGAGCGAACAAAAAAUUCAUACAACACGUUACCUUACUAUGUGAUACCUGGUGCUGCCUCAAGAUUCUACCAGCUAGAAGGUCGAGAGAUACUACCCCUUGGCCUUGUGCCUUCAGAACCAAGAGUCAAAAUAAAGUUAACCAGGCCUCAGGUAUUUUGUUAUAAUAGUGAAAAACAAUGGAUUAACACAAGUGACAAGUACAUAAUUCCAUGACCAGGCAUAGCAGACUAUAGUGCUGUUAUUUUUACCCAAAGCUGAACUGUUUUAAAGAGUAAACAUUUUUCACCAUGUUGUGUGAUCAAUUUUUAGUGCCCUAAGUAGCUGUUUUUAACAGUUUUGUUCAUACUUGAACUUUUCUAUGCAGGAAAAUAACCCCAUAUCUUCCUGU